UUAUUAUGUCUAUGGGAGCAGUAGUAGAAGGAGGGGGAGGAGGAGGAGGAAGAAGAAGAAACAGAAGAAGAAGAAGACAGAUAUGAGAUAGUGGAAGGCAGUGGACAUUCAGACGGACGGGAAGGUGGAAUUUGGAUUGUCUGCAGUCAAACAGUCAGAACAUGUCAGUAAGGAUGGAAAUGGAUAUCAGCGGAGUUCCCAGGGCACAGGUCUCCAUUCUUCCUGCAGCUGAAAUUAAAACCACACUGAAACCAGAAGUAGAGCGACCUCGCUGUUCAAGCACCCCAUGUUCCCCCAUCAGAGGCACUGUGGCAGGAUACCAGAUCCUACACAUGGACUCAAACUAUUUGGUGGGUUUCACCACUGGUGAGGAGCUGCUAAAACUGGCUCACAAGUGGUCAGAAGGAACUCCAGGGAAGAGCUCUGCAUCGGAGGCCAUGUCCACUUCGAUUCAGAACACCGUCCCUAAGUCUGUGGACUUAGGAAUCCACCGGUCUUCACGAAUCUUCAAAGCCAGAGGUCUUUACUACCAACCCUAUGACAUUCCUGCUGCCAAUAGGCGGAGACGAAAACGUAUGCCAAGUUCAAGUGACACCUUCCUCAGGUCUCUGGCCCAAGCUGAACCUAGGCGGGGUAUGCAUGCCCCACUACCCCUUUGUCUGCUUAAAGGAAAAGGGGCCCAGUCAAAAUCUCUUGACUACCUUAACCUGGACAAAAUAAGUAUCAAAGAGUCAUCAGACACUGAAGUGUUACAGUACCAACUACAACACCUCACCCUACGAGGGGAGCGCGUGUUUACAAGAAACAAGACAUAAAAGCACAGUGGAAGGAAUUUUUUAGUCAGCUUCCACCAUCUUGGGAAUUUAGGUGCUAUUUCCAUCUUGCUUUCUUAUGACUCGGAUUAGAAGAGUCCUUUAAGAGGACCAUCUUAUAAUCCUGUUCUAUUCUUACUUUAAGGGUUUACCUUGUACUGUAAGCAUAAUGUGAGGUUGUUGAGGUUAAAAAUGUGAAUUAUAUAAACUUAGCAAUAACUGGUGAACAUACUUAUUCACAGUGUUGUAUGUUUACUCAGGUCAGAUACGCACUGUUAUAUAUCGGCUUCCAGCUGACAGAAGCACAUAUCACAUACUGUAUCAGCUUUAAAAUGUACCAUUGGUAUCAGUCCAGUAAUAGUUUUACUGUGGGGAGUUGUUAGUGGUGUUGUUUAGUGAUUAUUUUUUUCAAAGACAAUGGGACUGUAUAUAACUGACAAAAUAACAAGAUAAUGCUUACUUAUGUUCUAAAUUUAUUUAUAUAUAUUGUUUAAUUUAUGUCAGUUAUUAAUAGAAUGCUUUUAAACCUCUUAUUUACUAUAAGGUAAGAGGUGCUACUCCAUUCAAAAGCUGUUUGUUGACAGUAAAUGUAAAGUUGUUUUUCUUAGCAUCUAUGGGAAUUUUUGGUGUAUUGCUUAGUUUAAUGACAGUUUUCAUUCCUGAUGUUUCACUCAUCACUAUUUUUAGUGACCACCAAAGCCACAUCCCUUUCUUAGCCAUGCCCACAGUGAUUGUAAUUGGAAGGGAAAGUAAUAGCAGCGACUGCUUAAUUCACUCAUAAUGUCUUGUAACUUAUAAAAACACGAUACAGACGCUAACAAGUUUAAAAAUGUGAUUCUUUAAGAUGUAGCUUUUGCAUGCUCAGAGAAUGACAACUUUAAUUGAAUUAAAUUCACAUAAUUAACUGUAGUCACCAGUUUACAGGUUGGAAGAAGAGCAUUGGUGGAAACUCCAGAAUCCACCCAUGCUAAUGUCAUACCAAAAUCCUGAUCUUAAAGUGAUAUCUGCCUAUAUAAUUUUUCCCUUUGUGCAUCUGUUGAAUACACUUGCUGUGGAACGAUGUCUUUGGCAAGUUAAUCGCAGUGCUACUCUAGUAUUAGUAUACUGUGCUGCACUAGCACUUGCAGUAUCUUUUUAAAAAUUAGGGGUGGUCCGAAUAGCAAUUUCUGGGCUCUGGAUAUGCCGGCCCAAUUAAUAACGUUUAUCUGAAUAUUCAGUGGCUCAUCCAACAAGAGGACGGGAGGGUGGUGGGGAAGAAAUGAAACAAAACGAAGGGACAAGCCGAAUAUUCUGAUGGUCUGACAGGGAUGAGGGUGAUCCGAGUAUUCAGAUCUCAAAAUUAAUAUUCAGAUACCACUGUAACGACUGAAUAGUCAGAUAUUCGGGCCCAGCCCCACUAGAAAUGGCGAGUGGUUGUGUUCCUAUGCACUCAACUCACCACACGAGAGAGUCCACAUUAAGUGGUGUAUCACUUCAAUCUUUUUCCAUCUAUUUAUUGGGUUUUGUUGGGAAAUUUGGUUGGUCUAUGUUGACCUUGAAAAACCAUACUGGUGCAGCAUCAGCGUUGUGCAUUGAUUAUGCGUGCACAACAGUAUGCUGAGAUGUGUCUUUUUAAUGAGUGUGUCUGUUUCCCCUGUAGCGGGUAAUGGAUAUGUUUCCAAUUCUUCUACUGCAGAAAACAUGUUUUCCAAAUCUGAUCGCACUGUUGGACAUCUACUACAGACUAUGUCUAGAAAUAUCAGUGCACCUUGAUAUCAUCACCAUAAUAACACCAAUUAGGCAUCCACAGGAAACACUGCAAUAUUGUACAUAAUUAAGCCAUGUGAACACUUUACAGGGCUCUGAAAAAGUCUGUUGUCUCUUAAGUUUUUUUCUGUCUUUUUCUUGUGCUGCAUUGAAAGAAAAUUGUGAUCUUUGUCUCAGAACCUUGUGUUGACUGUUGCACUAAAGCCGUAGAAAAUUCUGUUUAUAUAAUCAACCUGUAACAAGUCUCUGUGUUUAAAAUUUAUGUGACAGUGGGAUCUAUCAAAUUGUUUUAUUACUGACAAUGAAACAAUCUGUAAAACUGGUGAAGUCUGUGAGCCCAUUCACCUCAGUCUUCUCAGGUCACAUCUAUAGGUGGAAAAUGGUUAGCAAAACCACUGUUUCUUUUACCAGGAGUUAGUUACCAGAGUUAGAAAUGUUUAAAUUAUAAAACCCACACAUAGGUAUGUCUCUGUGUUUUGAAUAUAUAAUGUAAAAAAUGUUAUAGUUGGUCUAUAACUCAGUACACUUUGUUUGUAUAUAUUAAAAUCAAUGUGAAAAGCA